AUGGAGUUCACAAACCACACAACUAUUGCUGGAUUCUUCCUUGUGGGACUCACAGACCGUCCAGAAGUCCAGCCCCUCAUCUUCAGCCUCUUCUUUUCUAUCUAUUUGGUCACCAUUCUGGGCAACCUGCUCAUCAUUUUGGCUGUCAGCUCUGACCUCCACCUCCAUACCCCCAUGUACUUCUUCCUCUCCAGUCUCUCUUUCACAGACAUCUGUACUAGCACCACCACCAUCCCAAAAGUGCUGGUGAACAUCCAGGCCCAGGACCACAGCAUCUCCUUCGCUGGAUGCCUCACCCAGGUCUGCUUUGUCUUGGUUUUUGGUGGUUUAGAAAGUUGUCUCCUUGCAGCGAUGGCCUAUGACCGUUAUGUGGCCAUUUGUCACCCCCUGAGGUACGCAGCCAUCAUGCACCCCUGCCUCUGUGUCCUGAUGGUUAUAAUGUCCCUGCUCGUAAGUACCAUGAACGCCUUGCUCCACAGUCUCAUGCUGCUGACACUGUCCUUCUGCACUUACUUAGAAAUCCCCCACUUCUUCUGUGAGCUAGUCCAGGUCAUGAAAAUGGCCUGUUCAGACAUUAACACCAAUAACCUUCUCAUCUACACAGUGACUACUGUAUUUGCUGGUGUUCCUCUCUCUGGGAUUAUUUUCUCCUACAUCCAAAUAGUCUCCUCUAUUUUGAGGAUCCCCACAAUGAAGGGAAGAUACAAAGCCUUUUCCACCUGUGGGUCUCAUCUCUCUGUGGUCUCCUUAUUCUAUGGGACAGCUUUUGGGGUAUACAUGAGCUCUGAGGUUGCUGGUUCUUCCACUAAAAAUGUGGUGGCCUCCAUGAUGUACAUUGUGAUCCCUCAAAUGCUGAACCCCUUUAUCUACAGUUUGAGGAACAGAGAGAUGAAGGGAGCCUUAGGGCGUCUCCUCCUUGGGAGGCCUUCGUUGUGA